GUCAGGAUAACAGUAGGGCUACUCCACUAAAUAAACUGAGAAUAUCUCCGUACACGAGUGCCUUGUCAGAUUUUCGACACGUUGCAUGACGAUGCCAGUCGAUUCGAGUGAUGCAAACGGGACGGUUUUUGUGGGUAAUUUGGAUCCUUUGGUCAAGGAGGAGAUUCUGUUCGAGUUGUUUCUGCAGGCAGGGCCGGUGAGGAGGGUGACCAUCGCUCGGGACCGAGAGGGCCGCCAGAGGACCUUUGGCUUUGUGCUGUACAAGCAUGCCGAGGCCGUGCCCUACGCCAUCGCCCUCCUGAACGGCAUCUCACUGUACGGACGCCCCCUGAAACUGGACUUCAGCAAUGAGAGCACCCAUGACACUAGCAGCUUGGGAUCUCCAGGCACUGAGGACAGGGGACCCAAUGCUGGCAGGAGAGUCGUGUGCCCACAGACUUCCACCUUGAACGGAUUUAAUUUCCAUGGAGACUCUAGAUCCCAAGACCAAACGCCUGGAAGGAACCUGCUGGGCAACUGCCGUCCGUCUCCCCUGCCACACUUGACCCACGUCUCCCAGCACCAGGCCUCUCCUCUCACCCCCCUCCUCCCCCCCCAGCAGCAGCAGCAGCAGCAGCAGCAGCACCCCUUGCUCAAGCUGCCCCCCCACCCCUUCUUCAGCCCCUUCAGCACCUCCACCCCGGGCCCCCUCCAGCCCUGGCCUCCAUUCGCCUUUUGGGCCUCCUCCUUCAGCCCCCUGCUGCCCAUGAUGACCCCCCCGCUACGGGAGCAGGAGCAGCAGGAGCAGCAGCAGCAGCAGAAGCAGCAGCAGCAGGAGCAGGAGCGAGGAGGGGAGGCUGGGGAGGCUGGGGGCGCCACCCCGAAACUUGGAGAGAAGGAAAGAGAGGCACCAGCGAAGGAGCAGGAGGAGCAGGGGCACCGACGCAACAAGAGGAGACGCAAACGCAAACAGAUGAACAGGCAAACCACCUGA